AUGUAAUUGCACCGUUCUCAAUCAGUUGAGCAAACAAAAAAGAAGGAUUUUAGACGUAAAAUUAAUCAAAUGGAAACUAAAUCUGGUGAAACUGCUAUUGAAUCAACUAACACAAAUUAAUAUAAACCAUUUAAGACUACAUCAUAAAUGUUUUCAUCAAAAUAUUAUAUCAUUAAAGUCAGUUCUAAUGUGGUUACUCUAGAUGCUUCUCAAAAAAAAGAGUAAUUAAAAUCAAUACCUUCAAUGCAAGAACUACCAGAAACUGUUAGAGCACAAGAUACUAAUUUAAUAACUAUUACAGAACCAGAAUAAACUAUAACAGAAUUCUUAAAUUCAAGAACCAUUUUCAAAUUAAUCAAUAGAUUAAUAGUAUUAUAAGGUUUUUUAGGAUGCUUACUAUUUUUUAAUUUGCAUUUUGCAUUGGCAAGUCUACUAUCAUUAAUCACAAUCUGGAUUCUUAGAUUUUUCUAAACAACAAAUAUUUAUAUCGAUGUUCUCCAAUUAAUAUUAUUUAUUUCUUUUGACAUUACCUCUUUAUGUUUUUUUUAUCCAAACAAAAUAUGGACUUAUACUUAUUUAGUUUUAUUUGCUAUCGAAAUUGUAUUAGAACUAAUAAUUUUGAACACACAAAAAUAAAAAAACUUUGAAAAUUUACAGGCCUCUGCAUAGCAACAAACUUGA